AUGGACACCAAUCUCGACAGGUUGUUGAUCAUUCAUCGGGAAAAACUCCUAGAAAGUUUAGGAAAAACCGAAAAUGAAAUCAAUGAAGACGUAAAUAUAAUACUAGAAUGGUUUAAAACUCAGAAACAUCUCCCAGAACCUCUUAGUAGACAUGCGAUCGCAAGAUGGCUGGUGUUAACUAAAUUUAGCAUCGAAAGAACCAAACAAUUAUGCGACAUGUACUAUACAUCCAGGUCAUUGUUUCGGGAUGUGUACGAUUGUUGCGAUAUAGAACAACCCGAACAGAAAUUGUGCAUAGAAAAAGUAUUUUAUUACAUUCCUCUUCCGAAACAAACUAGGGAUUUCUACAGGGUGGACGUGGUAGCGUUUCAGGACUUCGAAUACGAAAAUUACAAUCCUUACAGGAUGUUGGCACAAGUGCACAUGAUUUACGAAUUGGCUAUGCAUAAGGAUUUCGAAGCGGGCGAUAUUGUAAUUAUCGAUUUCAAGCAUAUAAGGAAGAGCUACGUGUUGAAAACGACACCCACGAGCCUUAAAGUACUCAAUAUUUUUUUAGAGAAAAUUUGGGCAAGUAGAGUAAAAGGCAUUCAUUUCAUCAACGUGCCUACUUAUGCGGAAACUCUAAUCAAAAUAGCCAGGACGAUACUUAAGAAGAAACUAUUAAAUAGAUUGUAUGUACACAGUAACAUCGAGAAUUUAUACGAAUAUUUACCCAGGGAGAUUUUACCGAAAGAUUUUGGAGGCGAUGAAAAAUCAUUGGCGGAAUUAAACGAAUUGUGGAAAUCGGAACUGGAGAAAAACAGCGAACGUUUGAAGCAUUUACAGAAAUUAACAGUUAAUAACUCUCUUCGAACGGAACCUUUGAUUAAUUCAGAUUAUUUGGGCUAUUACGGAAACUUCAAAAAAUUGGACGUCGAUUAAAAAAAUCGUCCAAUAAGC